AUGUCGUCCCAACAGCUGCCCCUAGGCGAAUGGGUGAAGCAGGUCAACGAUGCAAUUUUUUACCAGCCGAAGGACGAAGUAGCUUUAAAAGCCUUAAACGAGGACGUCGAUUCCAGCCUAGUAGUCAAGCUCAAUCAUUCCGUCUUUACUUAUGAGGAGAUGAAAGGAGGCGUCCUGUAUAUCCGUGGUAGUGGCGGCAUGACCCUCAACAGCGUCUCUGAGGUCUUGAAGUGGGACGACACUGAGAAGCAGGGCGGUGUCGUCGCACACCUCACGACGUUUACUACAAAGAAUAAUGAAAAUGGACAAGAGGCUAAGAAGACUAGUUUGAUCACCUCUACGGUCAAGUGGAUUGAUGGUAGGAGAAAGCUUACUGAGCUUGUAGAGGUUGAGAUUGAAGAGUGA